GACCACUGUCUGUGUGUCCCACUUCCCUUCCUUUCUCCGCUGCUGCCUGCUGCUGGAAAACGCCACAUCUGACAGGGAGGGAGAGAAAGAAAACCACCACAGGGGAGCGUGAUCGGCGACAACAAGAUGCUGGCCCUAAUAAAUCGGCUUUUGGACUGGUUCAGGUCCCUGUUUUGGAAGGAAGAGAUGGAGCUGACGCUAGUCGGCCUGCAGUACUCUGGGAAAACAACAUUUGUAAACGUGAUCGCUUCUGGUCAUUUCAGCGAAGACAUGAUCCCUACAGUCGGCUUCAACAUGAGGAAGGUCACUAAAGGAAAUGUCACCAUCAAGAUCUGGGACAUAGGAGGGCAGCCCAGGUUCAGAAGCAUGUGGGAGAGGUACUGUCGGGGAGUUAAUGCAAUUGUGUACAUGGUUGACGCUGCAGAUCGAGAAAAGGUGGAGGCCUCCAGGAAUGAACUUCAUAACUUGUUAGACAAACCUCAGCUGCAAGGAAUUCCUGUUUUGGUACUUGGCAACAAAAGGGAUCUCCCCGACGCUUUAGAUGAAAAGCAACUUAUUGAGAAAAUGAAUCUAGCCGCUAUUCAGGACAGAGAGAUAUGCUGCUACUCCAUUUCCUGCAAAGAGAAAGACAACAUUGACAUCACACUUCAGUGGCUCAUCCAGCACUCGAAGUCCCGCAGGAGCUGAACGCCACAUUUUCUCUGCUGUUAUUUGCCAUGUUGCUGUCAUGUCACACCCUUCCCACUGCGCAAUGAUGUACAGCCGCAUUUUCACUUUACGUGCUACAGUGUUUUGCUUGUUUCACACUUUUUUUUCUUGACUAGUGAUUCUUUCACAAAAUCAUAAUGCACUACUUAAAAUUCUGGUUCCAGAUUUAAGGAAGGAAUUUGAUAUUAUACAUCAAGUGAAACCGUAAUUUACUGAGAAACAAGAGACUGGUUUCUUAGUUACCUUUUAUCUUGCAGGCCUUAACAAAGGGAUAGUUACCAAUAGUGAGUAUAACAAUGCAUUCUCUCAGAGGAAGGUGUUUUCUCCAACAGACCUCACACAAUAAGAAAAGAUCUUCCCACAGUCUGGUAUGAUGCCAGGAUGUGGCUGAUUUGGACCUCAUUUUCAUCGUGCUCUGUUCCUGUGAUUGUCCUUGAUGACUGUCACCCUUCGCUUGGAUCAUUGCGUGUCUUUUUUUCAUUUAGAAAAUUCUGCAUUCUUGUCAAUUUAAGCAGAUUUGUACAAAUAUCUUGCUAGUAUGAUUUUUACCAAUGUGGGAUGUGUGAUGAAUAUAUGAUUCUAUUUAAAGUCUGAAUGUACCAAAAGUAAAGCUGUACAGCCUUGUGUGGUUCAUAUUAGCCUCAGUGUAUAUAUAGUAGCCUCAGUGGAAUGAUGUCCUCUGUGCUGCCUUGAGGCUGAGAGAGUGGCAGAAAUUAAAGUGCCUUGUGCAGUGUCUCUCUCCUCUGAACAAAGCAGCAUGUAAGGUGGGCUUACCUGCGUAGAGCCAAAAACAACUCAACCUUCAAAGUGUUGGAAAAUAAAAAGGCAUGCUUUUUAAUUUAAA